AUGCGUGCGUUGGCUGGUAGGAGAGGGCAGAGUUCAGGGGAAGGGGGUGCCCCUGCGCAACGAAGACAACCAACUUCUCCCGAUCUAAUCUCUUGCCGAAUUUGGGGCGUCGCCGUUGUUAAAUACCAUUUGCAUGUACCCCACCCGAAACGGAAAAUAAAAAUGGUGAUGAGUGAGGGAAUUGCCACUGUGGCCCCUGCGGUGCUCGUAACGGAGGAGGAGGAGGAGGAGGAGCAGCGAAUUCGAUGCUCAGAAAUGUUACGAUCCUGGGAGCAGGGCACUGGGGUUACAUUGUAG